GUCCUAAUGUAACGUUGAGGCAAGCGAAUCCUCAGGAUGUAAACAUGGUGACAGAUAGAUGAGAGACACGCCAAAAUGGUCUUCGAAAGCUUGGUGGUUGAUGUCCUGAACCGAUUUUUAGGGGACUACGUUGUCAACCUUGACAGCUCGCAGCUAAAGCUUGGCAUAUGGGGAGGUGAUGCUGUUCUCACAAAUCUUGAAAUAAAGGAAAAUGCCUUGAGUCAACUUGACAUCCCUUUUAAAGUCAGAGCUGGUCAUAUAGGACGGCUAGAGCUUAAGAUUCCAUGGAAAAACCUUUACACCCAGUCAGUGGAGGCAACACUGGAUGGUGUCUAUCUGCUCAUCGUCCCCACAGCAAGUAUAAAGUAUGAUGCAGAAAAAGAAGAAAAGCAGCUACAGGAGGCUCGUCAGAGGGAGCUACAGCGAAUAGAGGAGACAAAGCUGAAAGCCGCUGAGAAAGAGAACCCUAGUCUGGAGAAACAAGACACGUUUGUGGAGAAGCUCGUCACUCAGGUCAUCAAAAACCUGCAGGUUAAGAUCUCCAACAUCCACGUACGCUAUGAAGACGAUGUCACUAAUCCAAAUUGUCCUUUGUCUUUUGGAGUGUCACUUAAAAACCUCAGCCUUCAGACCUCUGAUGAGAACUGGAAUCCAAGUCUUCUGGAUGAAAACUCACGACUUUUCUUUAAGUUGGUUCAGCUCGACAGCUUGUUUGCCUACUGGAAUGUCAACUCGACUCUCUUCUCCAAUCACAGCCCAGAUGAGGCUUUGCGAUGUCUUCAGAGAAGCAUGGAAAUCAGCAGCUCUCUGUCCAUCAGCCAUGAUUUCAUUUUUCGUCCCAUCUCAGCUGAUGCUAAAUUACGGAUGAAUCCUCGCUCAGACUUGGACCACUCUUCUCCUAAAGUUGACCUCAUGGUCAAUCUAAGCGAAGUGGCUAUAGAGCUCAACAGACCUCAGUACAUUAGCAUCUUGGAGCUGCUGGGCUCUGUGGAUAUGAUGUCACGUAACCUGCCAUACAGGAAGUACAGACCCGUGGUCCAAGUUCACAAAAAUGCCUAUAUAUGGUGGAGGUAUGUGAUCACAGGCAUCCUUGAAGUGGAUGUGAAGCCUCGUCUCCACAUGUGGUCAUGGGAUCAUAUUCGUUGCCACAGGCAGAAGGUAAAACGCUACAGAGAGCUCUACAAGACCAAAAUCACCAGCAAGAAACCCAGCGAGGAGCUUCUCAAGGCACUAGAGGAGCCGGAGAAGACCUUGGACAUUUUUAACAUCACGCUGGCCAGACAGCAGGCUGAGGUGGAGGCAAGCAAAGCCGGCUUGUGUAUUUACCGUCCUGGGGUGAAGAUGGAGGAAGAGGAGUCCCAGGGCUGGUUAAGCUGGAUGUGGAACUGGGGAGGAGAGCCGGAAACAGAGAAAAAAGAAGUCAAGACUGGAGGUUUUGAUGAGCUGUUGACCCCUGCUGAGAAAGCUAAACUCUACACUGCCAUUGGUUACAGUGAGACUGCUGCUAAUCCAAACCUGCCAAAAGAUUUUGAGGACAUGAAGGUGAAUUUUCACAUGGAGAGGCUGACCGUAUCUAUUAAAGACAACAAGGACAAGAACGAGAUCAUCAAGCUGACCGUGGGAGAGCUCAUGUCCACGCUCACACAGAGGCCCGGAGCACAAGCUAUCAAACUAACAGCCCAGCUCAGUUUGUUUGAAGUCACAGGUCUGGCCAGUAACCGGCCUGCACCUACGCUGCUGUCAUCCCGCAAAGCCGCCACAGGAGACGGUACCCCACUGCUCUGCAUUCUGUUUGAGACCAACCCGCUGGACGAGAGCGCCAACCAGCGACUUCAUGUGGAAUCACAGCCGUUAGAAAUCAUCUAUGAUGCAAUAACAGUGAACAGUAUGUCACUGUUCUUCAUGCCUCCUGACGACCUGCAGCUGGAUGAGCUCACCAACGCUACGCUCAUGAAACUUGAACAGUUUAGAGACCGCACAGCCACAGGUCUAAUGUACGUGAUUGAAACACAGAAGGUUCUGGACUUGAAGGUGAACCUGAUGGCCUCUUAUGUCAUCAUCCCGCAGACGGGCUUUUACAACGGCACGCAGAACAUCCUGCUGCUGGACCUCGGUCAUUUCCAGAUGUCCAGUCAAAGCAAGAAGCAUCUGCCUCAGCUGUCAGUGGGUUCCAGCAAUAUUGAAGACAUCAUGUUGAGAGCGUAUGACAGCUUUGAUGUGCAGCUCAGCAGCCUCCAGUUUCUCUACAGCAAACCAGAUGGUGACUGGAAAAUGGCUCGGAAGCAGAAGCGUUCACCUCUCCACAUCUUAGAGCCUGUGGAUCUUAAAGUUGUUUUCAGCAGAGCCAUGGUUGUCAAAGACUCCCGCAUGGCAAAGUAUAAGAUGUCAGGAGAGCUCCCCCUGCUGUCUCUUCGCAUUUCUGACGUCAAACUUCGAAGUGUUUUGGAGCUAGUGGAGAGCAUCCCACUGCCUGAGAGCAGACCUGCACACAGCUCUGCUCCAUCCACCAAUACAAAGCCAAAGUCAUUCACCCCUCAGCUCACUCCCAGGAAGCCUCUGAACCUGGCUGACCAGCGCUCUUCUCUCAUUUUUGAGUCAUGUGAGACCAUCAGCAUCACUUCCUUGGGAUCUGAAGAAGAUUUGUUCUAUGACGCUCCCAGUUCUCCCAUCGGUGAUAAACCAUUCUUCCCAGAUAAUCCCAUGCCGCUGCGCUACGCAGACUUACACAAAAGAAAAAGUUUGUUGAAGGACGACGUUCAGAAAAACAUGACCGACCUGAUCUUGACCUUUGAAAUCAGUGAGUUUUCUGUUCAGUUGUGUCGUCUGUCUGAAGAUCAGGAGAUCACAGUGCUCCACCUGGACAUAGAGGGCCUGGGCACAGAACUGAAAAUACGCACCUUUGAUAUGACGUCCAACACAUACCUACGAGAGAUCUGCCUCAAGUGCCCUGAAUACAUGGACUCUGAAGAGAAGCAGGUUCAGCUGAUCACAACUCUGGACAACACAGAAGUUGACCUUCUUACCCUGGAGUAUAUUAAGGCUGAUAAGAACGGCCCAGAGUUCAAAUCUCAGCACAACAACACAGAACAGCUCAUCAAGGUGACCUUCUCAUCCCUGGAUGUCCACCUCCACACAGAGGCUCUUCUCAACACCAUGAACUUCCUCAGCAACCUCCUCCCUCCCUCCACAAAGAAGGAAGGUGGUCAAGAGGAGCUCCCCACCAUCCCAGAGGAGGAAGAGGCCGAGGCAGAGAAGGAGGAAGAGAAGAAAGAGGAGACAGCUAUAACCAGGAAAAAAAGUACAAAGAGUAAAAAGUUUGCAGAUGUGGUGAAUCUGCAUAUCAGAGCUGAUCUUCGCUGUCUGAAGGUUUUCAUUCGAGGACAGAAGGCGAGGAUCUCUGAGAUCAGUAUCGAAGGUCUGGUUUCUGAGGUUCUGAUGAGGAAGAAGGAGAUGGAGGUUCAUGCCAACCUGAAAAACAUUGUGAUCCUCGACUGUGACAAAGACGCUUUCUACAAGAAGGCGGUGUCUAUAGCCGAUAAGGAAGUGUUUGCCUUCCGCAUGGUAAACUACACAGAUGCAACAGAGGGAGACGCCUACCUGGACAUGUCUAAAGUUGAUACCUUUGUCACGCUGACUGUGGGAUGCAUCCAGGUCAUCUUCCUCAACAAGUUUGUUUCCUCCAUACUGGCGUUCAUCAAUAACUUCCAGGAGGCUAAAGAGGCCCUGGCUGAGGUGACAGUCCAGGCUGCAGAAAAAGCAGCGUCAGGUGUAAAGGAGCUGGCAGAGCGGAGCACUCGGAUUGCUCUAAACGUUCACUUUAAUGCACCUGUCAUCUUCCUUCCUCAGUCCUCGUCCUCCUCCAAUGUCAUUGUAGCUGACCUCGGUCUUCUGUCUGUCAAGAACUGUUUCGCCAAGCAGCCCUGUAAAAGCAAUACGAAGAUCCCGCCUGUUGUGGAUAAAAUGGCAGUGAAACUGACAGACCUCAAGAUGUACAGGACCAAAUAUAUAAAUGAAGGGUUUCAGGGAGAGACUCAGCUGUUGAAGCCAGUCAGCCUGGACCUGGAAAUCCAGAGAAAUCUGUCAUCCAACUGGUACCACAGCAUACCUGACAUCGAGAUCACUGCCCAUCUUAAACCACUGAGUCUGAUCCUCAGUCAGGAUGACAUGACAGUAGUCCUGAGGACUCUGAGUGAAAACCUCUCAGAGAAAUCUGAUGCUGUUCCUGCUGCCCCUCCUGUUCCAACCACAGACCACUCUUCUGACUCUGUGUCCAACAAAGAGUCUCAGGGCUCAGGAACCACAGGACCAGCCAGCAGUAACACAGUCGUGACGUCUGCUGUUGUGGAGACGCAGAAAAGCAGCAGGCUGAAGAUCACGCUCAAACUGGACUUCAAGUUUGACUCAAUGACACUCAUCUUGUACAGCCCCAAUGAGAAUGUGAUACAGCUGUUGGAUUCCCACGAUGAGCAGCUGAAGUUGGCAGAGUUCACUCUGGGCACAAUCUCCACCUCCGUCCACAUGUUUUCCGAUGGCUCCAUGAAGGCCUCAGUGCUACUGGCUACUUGUCUGCUUGAUGAUAAGAGACCCAGGAUCAAGAUGGUCACUCCAAGGAUGAUGGCGAUGCGUCCCGGUGCAGAACAAAACAUGAUGGUGGAGGUGAGCUACCAUCAGGGCCGAGAUGGCACCACUUUGGACACAUUGGUGCAGGAUGUUUACCUCUGUGCCAGCAUGGAGUUCCUGCUCACGGUGGCAGACAUCUUUCUCAAGGCCACCCAGCAGGGAUUCACUCAGGUGCCACAGUCGAAGAGCAGCAGCGGGGCGGGGGAUAAAAAGAACAUAAACUCCUCUGUCACAUCUAAAGAGUCAACUGCUGCUCCAGCCGUUGUGUCAAAGACAGAGAUGAAUGUUGUGGUGAGAAACCCAGAGAUUGUUUUUGUAGCUGACCUGACACGUGCAGACGCCCCGGCCCUGGUGAUGACCACAGAGUGUGAGCUAGUGAUGAAAAGUGACGCAGAGGGAUCACAGAUGACAGCUGCUAUCAAAGACCUCAAGGUAGUUGCUUGUCCCUUUCUGAGAGAGAAGCGAAGAAACAACGUGACGACGGUGCUGCAGCCUUGUCAGGUUUUCUUCCAGAGUACGCAGACACCAACAUCCCCUCAAGCUAUGGAAGUCUCAAUCAAUGCGCUCACUCUGAAGGUGUCUCCUAUCAUCAUCAACACUGUGAUCACAAUCCAGUCAGCGCUGACACCCAAAGCAGAGACACCUGAGGAGCUGGAAAGUCCUGUUCCUGUGGACUUGUGGGAGAAACGCAGCUGGAAGGAGCUCAAACUCUGGUUCCUAGACGAAGAGGGCGAUGAGGACACAGCGUCACUGGCUCCACUGAUACCACAGGGAGAGUCAUUACAGCUGAGCAUCAAGUUGAUAUGUCUGACUCUGGAGGCUGGAGUAGGACAUCGGACCGUCCCAAUGCUUCUAGCCAAGUCCUCCUUCCAUGGAGAUGUCAAAAACUGGUCAACACUCAUUAAUUUGCACAGCGAGCUCAACCUGGAGGUUCACUAUUUCAACGAGGUGAUGGGAGUGUGGGAACCACUGCUGGAGCCUUUAGAGGAUGAGACGAGAGACGGUUUUAGACCAUGGAGACUGGAACUGAAGAUGAAGAAGAAGCCACUGAAGUCCACUGAGAUGUUAGAUGAGUUGGACUACAACAUCCCCGACUAUAAGACCGUCAUUGUCAUCAGCAGUGAAGACCAGCUCAAUAUCACUCUUUCUAAAUGUGGACUCAGCAUGCUGAGUAACCUUGGCACGGCAUUUGCUGAGGCUGCCAAACAGACGGCAGACUCCUUCCAGAAAGAUGAAGCUCCAUUUGUAGUGAAAAAUCGCCUGGGCCUGCCAGUUUCUGUCCGCCACAGUGAGAUGUUUAGUCCCAUUGGCCAGCAAAGUACAAACAGCACCGUGCAGCUUGAAGAUGGAGGAACCCUCGGGAUGGAUUAUACAACCACAACAGACUCAGACCAGUUCUCAGCGAUGAUCUCUUUGAGUGGAAAAGACUACUACAUAGAGCCAACCCCGAUGGGCCACACCUCAGCCAGCGUGAUCCCCCUGAUCAAGGUGGGCAGAGGAAUGUACAGUGUGAUGCACAAUGAGUCAGGAGUCACUCGCUUCCUGGUCUGUCAGAUUUACUCAGUGGAGGGCAGCAAGUACAUCAAGAUCCGCUCUCCUUUCCAGAUCAUCAAUCAUUUCACAAUCCCAUUCAAAGUGUUUGAAGGAUCAACAUGUCUGGGUACAGCCCUUCCUACUGAGGAGUUCUGUGUUCCUCUGGACUCAUACAGGUCUGAGUUGAGCCUGCGGCCGGUAACAGAGGAUGAUGUUGACAGUAAAGACGAGCAGUUUGAGUGCUCAGAAGGUUUCAGUUACGAAGAUGUCAGCAACCAGCAGCCAGAGGCACGCCUACAGCAGAGCUGCCGUCGCACUGGAGACCAGGGCGGUGUGAUGGUUGUCAACAUUGUGCCGGUAAAAGAUGCUGUGACUUUCAAACACACUGGAGAAGCCGGGGAGAACUUUGAUGUGCCGUUUGUGCUUCACCUUUGGCCUUCCAUCCUGCUCCGCAACCUGCUACCCUACCCCAUCUCAUACAAACUCAAGGACAGUGGGGUCUCUGCCCCUGAAGCUACUCUGGACCCAGGUCACUCUGCCCAGCUUCAUACUGCAGUCAUCAAUCAGACAAGUCUAGAUCUUCGUCUGCUGAGCUACCUGGCUCAGGACUGGUCUGCUCAGUACAGGCUCCACAGUGACCAGGAAGAGAUCACCUUCAUAGUUUUCCAGUCUCUACGAGAGAAUGAUGAAGAUGAUGGUGAAGGGGAGGACAGGAAGAGGGCAGAGUUGGACAUAGCGGUGCAUGUUAAAUAUGACUUGGGACAAACGGUGAUUGCUAUCCACUCACCAUACUGGAUGGUGAACAAGACGGGCAGGCUGCUGCAAUACAAGGCAGAUGAUAUUCACCGGAAACAUCCGCUGGACUACGACAUGCCUCUGCUCUUCUCCUUCAAACCCCGAUAUUUCCUGAAAAACAACAAGGUCCGUCUGAUGAUCUCAGACAGCGAGCUCUCUGACGAAUUCUCUCUGGACACUGUGGGCAGCCAUGGAGAUGUGAAAUGUAAAGGUCGCUACAAAGAUUACCUGGUGGGUGUGAAGAUUGAUGCAAGCACCUUCAGUUUGACCCGCAUCGUGAGCUUUGUGCCGUUCUACAUGCUGGUCAACAGAACAAAGCACAGCAUCUUCAUCUGUGAGGAAGGGCAGGAGAACUGGACUGAGGCUCAACCAGAACAGUCAGCCAUUCCCUUCUGGCCUGAGAACGACACCAAGCUGCUGAAGAUUAAAGUAGAUGGAUGUUUGUUGCCUCCUCAAAGGAUCGACUUUACACGACCAGAAAACUGCCUCCUGCUUCAUCUGGACAACUCAGUGGGUGGGAUCAUUGUUGACGUGAACCUGUCAGAGCACUCAGCCACUAUCCGAUUCUCUGAGUACCAUGACGGUGCAGCACCUUUCCUCAUCAUUAACCACACCAAAGACCAGACUCUCCACUUCCACCAGAGCGCCAAGGAAGAAACCGUGUGGGUUCCUGACUCUCUGCUCGACCUCUCCUUCUCAGGGGAGGAGGAAAGUUCUCAAAAGGAAGCGGAGCACGAGGAGCUGGAGGCCGGGAAAGCUGUUCACUACACCUGGACUGAACCCACCGGGUCCAGGGAGCUGUGCUGGAGGUGGGGGGGCUACAGCGGGAAGCUGAAGAGUGAGGAGGACAUGCGUCAGGACAUGAACAACGAGGGAAAGCUGUUCUUGAUCUCCUUUUAUGAGGGUCUACAGCGUGUUGUGUUGUUCACUGAGGAGCAGCGAAUCUACAAGCUUCUCUGUGAGAGCGAGAAGGCUCAGCUGGCUGAGCAGGAAAUCAUCCUGUCACUCCAGAACGUCGGCAUCUCUCUGAUCAACAACAGCACCAGCCAGGAGGUCUCCUUUAUUGGGAUCACAAGCUCUGAUGUGGUGUGGGAAUUAAAGCCUAAGAAGAAGAACCGCUGGAAGACUCUGAGCACCAAAGAAGCUGAGAUGCUGGAGAACAAAUUUAAGGAGUACACAGAAUCUGGACGAGUGGACAGCGACCCAAUUGAAUUGGAAAAUAACUACCAGGUUGUUUUUACUCCUAACGGCGUGGACAUGCGGAUGCUGGAGCCAUGUGAGGCUCCUCUCAGGAGGCACUUCCUGCCUGGGGUUAAAGUGGAGUACAGCGUCUCACCUCGACAAAGCGCCUACCGAGUACAAAUCCACCGUAUUCAAAUCCAGAAUCAGCUGCCUGGAGCGAUCUUCCCCUACGUUUUCUACCCUGUAAAACUGCCAAAAUCUAUCACAAUGGACUCAGAGCCCAAACCUCUAACUGAUAUCAGCAUUGUAACCAGGACAGCAGGACACUCUGAUAUCUCUCGCAUCAAGUAUUUCAAGGUGUUGAUCCAGGAGAUGGAUUUGAAGCUUGAUCUUGGGUUCCUUUACGCCAUCCUGGACCUUUUCACAGCUGAGGAUGCCAGGAACACCAACUCAGAGCAGGAGGUGGAACUGUUUGAGAAGGACAUCGAGUACAUAAAGACAGAGCUAAACCACGUCUCUGCUGCUGACAACUCUCCAAUCAGCCUCUAUGAGUACUUCCACAUAUCACCCAUCAAGCUGCACCUGAGCUUCUCUCUGAGUACAGGAGGAGAAGACGGCCUGAAGGAGAAGAGGGACAAAGAAAUCAUUCCUGUCCAGUCGCUCAACCUGCUGCUGAAGAGCAUCGGUGCCACGCUCACUGACGUACAGGAUGUUGUGUUCAAACUGGCCUUCUUUGAGCUGACCUUCCAGUUUUGUACCACCCAGCAGCUUCAGUGGGAGGUCAUCAGACAUUAUUCCAAGCAGGCUAUUAAACAGAUGUAUGUGUUGGUUUUGGGCUUGGACGUUCUUGGAAAUCCUUUUGGACUCAUCAGAGGGCUGUCAGAAGGCGUUGAAGCCUUUUUCUAUGAGCCUUAUCAGGGAGCCAUCCAGGGGCCUGAGGAGUUUGUGGAGGGAAUGGCUCUGGGUGUGAAGGCUCUGGUGGGAGGAGCUGUAGGUGGUAUUGCAGGUGCAGCCUCCAGGAUCACUGGUGCUAUGGCCAAAGGUGUCGCUGCCAUAACGAUGGAUGAGGAAUACCAGCAGAAGAGACGAGAGGCGAUGAACAAACAACCCAGUGGCCUGAGAGAGGGGCUGACCAGGGGUGGAAAGGGAUUAGUGUCUGGAUUUGUCAGUGGCAUCACAGGGAUAGUUACCAAACCUAUUAAAGGAGCCCAGAAGGAGGGAGCAGCAGGAUUCUUUAAAGGUGUGGGCAAAGGUUUAGUCGGCGCUGUGGCCAGACCAACAGGAGGCAUCAUAGACAUGGCCAGCAGCACUUUCCAAGGGAUCAAGAGGGCAGCAGAAACUUCCCAAGACGUUGAAUCUCUGCGCCCUCCUCGUUUCAUCCAUGAGGACGGUGUCAUACGCCCAUACAAGGAGAGGGAAGGCCUCGGCAGCCAGAUGCUCCAGAAAAUUGAGAACGGACGUUUUGCCAAAUACAGAUACUUUGCUCAUGCCAAGGUCAAUGACUCUGACUUCCUCAUGAUCACCAAGAGGGGAAUAUUUUUUGUGACUAAAGGCACGUUUGGCCAGCUGACCUGUGAGUGGCAGUAUCUGUUUGAAGAGUUCACCAAGGAUCCAAUGAUCGUAGAGAACCGCCGUCUACGUAUCGAGGCCAAGGAAAGAGUGAAAUCCGUCUUCCAUGCCAAGGAAUUUGGAAAGAUAAUAAACUUUAAAACUCCAGAGAUUGCCAAAUGGGUCCUUGCCAAACUGGAAGAUGCAAGAGAGAGUUUACCGAAAUACUGAGCAACCACACAAGUGAGAAAUGCUACAAAAAGAAACACGCACACAAAGCCCAUGUGUGUGAGCCAGUGCCUUUGUUCUAUACUGCAUGCUACUGUUGUUUACCUUUAAACAAAUAAAGCUGUAUGUGGACUGUUAGUAUGUCGGAGGCUGAGUGAGUGGUAUGCGUGUAUGCAUGCAUGCAAAAAAAAAAAAAAGUGCUAUAAAUCGCCGGAGCUGGUGACUUACAUCCAUUAACAUAGACAUUCAGAUUACAAUGAACCACUUACUUCACUGUCUUUGUUCUGUUUGCACUAUGUCUUCUCCACACAUGCUGUACCAUUGAUUUUAAACUUUUAACUUCAUGCAGUCUUGUUUUCUAACGCGUCAUUUGUCUGCUUGAAUUUGGUGAAAAUGGAUUCAUCUCACUUUGCCUUUUACUGCCAUAUCUCUGUUUGCCAGUCACACUCCUACACAUGAUGUAGAUGCAUCCUGAACAACAUGGAGGCCAAAUCGAGCAUAAUUAUUGUAGCACAUUUAACAUUGUUGUAAAUUUUACUGGACAGAAAUUUACAAGUGUACAAGGGAAAUUAAAGUUUAGGUCCAGCUUUAUAACGCAUGUCAUUGAAAAUAUUGUGUCUGUUCUCUUUUACUCUUUCUCUUUUUUUAUACAUUUCUGCAAAAUAUGACUGUUCAGUGUGUGAUUUAGAGACGCAUGCUAUUUUUAUACUUAGUCUGCUGUAUAUUGAUCGAAGCAUUCUUUCUGUAUAUAUUCAUCCUUAAACAAGGGACUGUAUUGAGGCAUUACAGAUUGUAAUUUUGUGAAUUUUAUGUUUUUAUACAACACAUAUGCAAUGCCAAAUAUAUUGUUGAAUUAUGCAGAGGAAAAAAUAUAUUUAAAAGAAAAAUGAUAAUAAUGAUCAGCUGCUGUUUACUAUGAGGAGUAUUUUAACACUUGCUUUGGUUUGGGGUGCAUCACAGCUACUAAAUGUUUGUGUUGUCACGUCUGUCAUUUAUGCUUAAAGGGAGAAAAAAGCUCACUGCGGUGGAUUUAUGUUUCCUCCUUGUUUUCAAAAGAUUUAAUAAAAUAUGUGUUUAAACUU